AUGUUAAAUAAUGAUAAUUCAUUAAUAUCAAAUGAAUAUUUUAUUGAUACAUGUUGUUCAUUAAGUAAAACUGAUAAACUAAAUAUAUAUUGUCGUCAAAAUGAAAUAAUCCGUCUUAAUUUAAUUGAAAUAUAUUAUAAUUCAAAUGAAUAUUGUUCAUCAGAAUAUAAUUGUUGUAAAUAUCAAACAAAUUGUUCACGUCGUAUAACAAAAUAUUCAAAUAUAAAUUGUAAUGAAAAAAAUUCUUGUUCAAUUGAUAGAACUUGUUUAAAAAUUUAUGAACCAUGUUCAAGUUUAAAUGGUUUAUAUGGACAAUAUAUAACUAUUUAUUAUUCAUGUAUAUCAUUAUUAUUAAAUAAAACAAAAUUGAAUGAUAAUUACAAUGAUAAUAUACCAUUUAUUGUUAAAUUAUUAACAUCAGAAAAAACAAAUAAAAAUAAAUCAUUUAUUGAAAAUGAUAUUAUUUUAUUUAAAAAUUUUAAAUCUUCACCAUUAUCAUUAAUAUCAAUUAUAUUUUCUUUUCUAUUAUUUAUGUUUAUUAUUUAUUCAUUAGCUGAUCAUAUUGGAAAUAAAAUUUGUCGUCAAAAGAAUUUAAUUAAAAAUAAAUCUAUAUUAAAUAAUCAACAAAAUGAAAGAGAAGAUAAAAUAAAUGUACAAUCAAAUCGUUUUAAAUCUUUAAAAGAUGUUAAUUCAUAUCGAACAAUAAAUUUAUAUAAUAAAUCAAUUUAUCGAACGAAAUAUCCAUAUGUUUAUUAUUCAAUUAAUCCUUAUCACAAAUAUAUUCAUAUUCAACAUAAUCCAAUAACUCGACAAUUUUAUUCAACCACAUAUAAUCCUUAUUUUAAUCAUUAUACCAACUGA